AUGAGGCGGAGAGGAGCCGAGGAGGAGGCCUGCGGCGUGUGGCUGGACGCGGCGGCUCUGAAGAGGCGGAGAGUGCAGUGCAUGGCAGGAAAGACAAAUGGUGGUGACCAGAGGAGUGUUUCAUCUCACAGAGAAAGCCAGAUCAACAAGGAGUCUAAGAAAGAUGCAGCCCGGCUAGACCAUUUGAUGCAAGGCUUAGAGGAUGGUUGUGUGGCACCCCCUUUAGCCACUUCAACCCCUGCAGACAUCCAGGAAUCUGGACUUUCUCCUCAGUCCCUCCAGACUUCUGGCCACCACAGAACGGGAACCCCAUUUUUGUCUGUGUUAUCUUUGCUCCAGCCUGAUACCCUAGAUUGUGCUGGAAAGAGUAAUGCCUCACUGGCUUUUUCAUUCACCCAGGACUUGGAAAGUUCUUGUUUGCUGGACCAAAAGGAGGGAGAGACGGAUUCUGCCAGGAAAAGGGAAUGGCUUCAUGGAUCUAAGAAGAACUAUCAGGGCACGGAGAAACACAUCAAACCACCUAGGGACAAACGCUGUCAGCCCUUGGACAAGACUAAAUUAGAAAGGAAGGAGUCUGCCAAAGAAAACAGGCAGGCUCCUGUCCUUCAAACUUACAGGGAAUCCUGGAGUGGAAAAAACACAGAAUCAGUGAAACAAAGUCCUCAUCCUGUUUCUGUGUUUUCCUGGGAUGGUGAAAAGGACAAGGACUCCUGGAGUCAGCUUUUCACUGAAGAUACUCAAGGCCAGCGAGUCAUUGCUCACAACACUAGAACUCCUUUCCAAGAUGUAACCAAUAACUGGAAUUGGGGCUUAGGGCAGUUUCCUAACAGCCCUUGGCCUCAGUACCAGGAUGGGCCAACACAGUUAAAUCUGAAGCCUGAUUCACUCUUUACCCAGGACUCUGAAGUCCAAGCUCUAGCUUGUCAGCAAGACUGUUGCAGAAGAUUUCUCAUUGAGAGGCAGAAACAUCUGCGGUGAGGAAGGCAGCUAUUAAAGGA